CAGAGGAGCGUAAAUAAAGCAGCGCUAGGACGUAUAUAAUCUUCGACCGUCAACAAUUGAUAUAGAUAAACUAAUAGUAUCAGACACCGGAGGAUGGCGGAUACUGCCAGGGAUUUCCCUCAAUCUAAGAGUCAAUGCCUCUGUGAACUCCGCGAUAACUCAAAAUUAAGACGAUACUAUAACAGCAGAGACGAGGAGAUCGGUACAUUUUGUACCCAUUGCGGAACAGAAAACCUCACACAGGAAUAUAUGAUACAUGGCGAUGAGCAGGUAGAUAAAGGAAAUCCCAAUGAAAAUGUGACAAUGCUUACUCGACCCGUGACGAAUCUGAGCGACAACAGGGCAUUCCAAAUUAAAAGUUCUCGAACAAAAAUCAGCUUAAAAUGUUUCGCUGACACACUGAAGCCAGGUGACCAGAUAUCCUGGCACAGACCAUACUGCUUGUGGCACCACGCCAUUGUAGAAAGUCUUUCUGCUGAAACUAACGAGUUAAAGUUAAUUCACUGGAACAGUAAGGAUGGUGACAUCACAAUUUCAAGAGACUGUUUCAAUGUCAACCCCGAGAAAAAUGGACUUUUUAACAAAAUGUAUCGCAUAGAGUACCCAGAGGAAGUUACGAUUUUAAACGACCCUGAACUUGUUUUGGCCAGAGCUCGGUCAAGGCUAGGGGAUACUGGGUAUUCUCCUUUUACAGACAAUUGUGAAUCAUUUGCGACCUAUUGCAAAAGUGUUGUCGAAAAAUCAUACCAGGUGGCCUGGCUGAAGAAAAAGUUAGAAGAAAUCGCAGGGCAAAGUUUAGUAAUGUUUGCUAAUUCAACUAUCAAUGGAACAUGCAGAAUACUUCAAAGUACAGUCUCUGUCGCGAAAUCAUCUGUACCAGCUGGAAAAUUAGGACAUUUUUUAAUGGGAAGUAACCUUGUAACAGUUGGGAUAGUUUUAAUGAUAGAAGGGGGGUAUAUGAUUUGGGAUUUGACUAAGGCGUACGCGGAGAGAAAAAAAGGUCACACCUCCAGGAAUGAUUUCAUCGAGAUAGCCGUGCAACGAGUGGUAGAGGGCAUGAUGGCUGCCGGGGUAGCCAUUCUGUUCUCCAUAGGUCCGGCUCUAAUCGUAGGUGGAUCGUUAUUUUGUCCCGCUAUAAUUAUCGGUGGAAUUGCAGGAGGGAUCCUUGGCGGAGUUGUAGGCAAAAUUGCCGGAACUGCUCUUGGAAGUGUGAUAGGGAAAGCGAUUUCAUUUUCAUUCAAAAUUGAUGAUAGAGCGGUUACUUGUAUAUCCGAUCUGAAAUGCGGCGACCAUAUAGUGCUAUACAGGGGUUUGUUACAUCCGCGCUGUCAUGCAAUCGUCGUUGAACACGAUGGGAUCGACAGAAUUAAAGUGAUACGUAACAAAUAUACGGCCGGUGUUGUGGAAGAGUGGAUACCGUUCUCUGAACCACUGUUCAGAGUCGAGUAUGGACAAGAGAAAUGCAAAGACCCUUUAAGUGUCUUGAAGACAGCAAGGUCAAAGCUUGGGGAAACUCGGUAUUGCUUAGCUUUGUAUAAUUGUAAAACAUUUGCAAGGCAAUGCAAAUCUAAUUUAGCCGUAGACAUGGAAGAAGAACCGUGGCAGCUGAUACAGUAUGAUGACAUUCCGGAAGAGGCACUUCAACUGCCUUGUGAUGUAGAAUCUGUCAGCACCAAAUUAGACUAUUUCCUGUAAUAUGUAGACACGUUUUAACUUUUGUUUACAAUUUCCGUGUGUGUACAUUACAUCAAUGUUGGAUAUAUUGUAAACAUCUGUUAUGGCGGCAAUAUUAUAUCAUUUAAUACCAAUAAGAAACCAGAAGUGAAGUAAAGACUAUGGCUACGUUGAGACUUUCUCCUCUUCUUGUAUGGUUCCAAUAAAAGGUCAGUGAAGACAAACAUAA